AUGGAGAAGAGGGAAGAUCUCAGGUCAAUUCUUCAGUAUCUGCCUCUUGUGGCUCAGUCUUCAUCUCUAGUUUGGCCACCUUCUGUUGAAGAAGAGCUCCAAACAAUGUCUAGAGGACCGAGUGAGUCAAUGGUCAACUCGGGAGAGAGACUGGCUCUCCAUAUGAAAAAUAUGAAGAGAUCCCUCUCCUUGAAUCCAUCUGACCUUGCAGAUUAUGAGUUAAAAGGAUAUGCUCUUUACUUUGACAAGAAAAUUUCCAGAGAAGAGUCAGCUAAGUUUUUUGAUGAAGUGGUUCCUGCGUUGUGUGGAUUACUUCUGCAGUUACCUUCAAUGUUAGAAACGCACUAUCAGAAUGCAGAGCAUGUUCUUGAUGGAAUUACAUCGGGGCUUCGUCUAUUAGGUCCCCAAGAAGCUGGCAUUGUGUUUCUUAGCCAGGAAUUGAUUGCAGCUCUUCUUGCCUGUUCCUUCUUUUGUUUAUUCCCUGAAGUUGGCAGAGGCUUAAAGCAUCUUCAAAGAAUCAACUUUGAUGAACUAUUUGUGUUACCGAGUAUGCAUCACUGCUCGAAGCAGGAAAACAAAAUAAGAUGCCUAAUCAAUUACUUUGGAAGAAUAUGUCGAUGUAUGCCCACCGGGUUUGUUUCAUUUGAGAGGAAAAUUCUUCCGCUGGAACACCAUCCUGGCUAUAUUUCUUAUCCUGAGGCGGAUUACUGGGCCAAAUCCAUCACCCCGCUUUGCUCUGUCGAGAUUCAUACCUCAGGAGCUAUAGAAGAUCAACCCCGUGAAGCUCUUGAAGUGGAUUUUGCAGAUGAGUAUUUUGGAGGCCUUACUCUGAGUUAUGACACUCUACAGGAAGAGAUAAGGUUCGUGAUCAAUCCAGAACUUAUCGCCGGCAUGAUCUUCUUGCCUCGUAUGGAUGCAAAUGAAGCAAUUGAGAUUGUUGGUGUUGAAAGAUUUUCACGUUACACAGGGUAUGGACCUUCAUUCCAAUACGCUGGCGAUUACACAGACAAGAAGGGUUUAGACAUUUUCAGGAGGCGAAAAACGAGAGUCAUAGCUAUAGAUGCACUUCCUGGCCCUGGAAUAACUCAGUACAAACUUGAUGCCCUUCUUCGAGAAGUUAACAAGGCCUUUACCGGAUACCUGCAUCAAUGUAAAUAUCGAAUGGAUGCAUCUCUUAGGAUCCCACUCGAGACAGACACUAACCCUUCUAGCUAUACUCACUCUGAGCGGCCUGAUCCUCUUCCAUCAGCUUCUUUGCGCCAAGUUGUAGAAAGCUCCCAGAGAUGGUGUAUUGAUCAUGAAGAGAUCAUUGGUGUUGCUACAGGGAAUUGGGGUUGUGGUGUGUUUGGAGGCGAUCCUGAACUAAAGAUCAUGCUUCAAUGGCUUGCCGUUUCACAGUCCGGAAGACCCUUCAUGUCGUACUACACAUUUGGACUCCAAUCCCUGCAAAAUAUCAAUCAGGUGAUCGAAAGGGUCACUAUGCAAGAAUUGACUGUAGGAGACCUAUGGAAUAAGGUAGUUGAGUAUUGUGAAGAGAGAUUCAUCAGAAAAACAAGACUUGGCUUCUUCUCGUGGCUCAUAACCUCACUCUCUGCUUAG